ACAUGUAAAAGAAGAAAAUAAUCAGAUUGAGCCUAGGGAUUUAGGGUUCUUCGACGCCAUGAUUAGGCCAAAGCAGGAUUGCAUAAGGGAGAAAAAGAAGAUGAAGAUGAAGAAGAAGGUCGAAAGGAGUACGCAGACUCCGAAAACCUCGGGGGAACUAAAAGACGCAGGUUCAAUUCCUCAGGAAUUGAAGAUGGAGAUUCUGUUGAGAUUGCCUGCGAAAUCCCUAGUGAGGGUCGUCUCUGCGUCGAAGCUCUUUGUACCAAUCAUUCGUCGUCGAGAUCUCAUCAACUCGUUCCUUACUCAGUCACUGACUCGUCCGCGUUUCCUCUUCACAUUAUCAAACAGAAACAGACAGGUCAUAACAUUACCCAAAAUCAAAUCUAGAAGAAAGGGUAUAACAUGCUUUUUCGGAUACGAUCCGAUCAAUCAUCAGUACAAAGUGUUGUGUAUGACGCAGUUAUCGGCUUAUUAUCUCCACCACAAUAAGCACGUUGCAGCGGGGGAGCAUCAAGUUUUGACAUUGGGAGCUCGAGAAAAGUGGAGAAUGAUAGAAUGUAGCGUUCCUCAUUGUCCUGGAACUGAUGGGGAAUGCGUCAAUGGAGUUGUAUAUUAUGGAGCCUGCACCGGUAAGGAUAUGAACGAACUUGUGUUGGUAAGCUUCGAUGUGAGAUCUGAAGAGUUUGGGUCUAUCAGAUUUCUGGGGGAUGUAGAAAAGUCGCGUCUUUUCUGUCUAACUUUGAUAAACUACCAGGGGAAAGUAGCUAUUGCUGACGGAGGAUCUUUUGUUGGUUAUGAUUUGUGGAUUCUGGAGGAUGCUAAGAAACACGAAUGGUCCAAGAUACAUGCUUGGCAUAAGUACUUCGAUCAUAAAAAUCUGUUUGUCAUUGGCAUCACUUGUUCCCAUGAAAUUAUCUUUGCACCAAUGUAUUUUGAUCGUCCGUUCUAUGUUACCUACUACAAUGUCAAGGGAAAUAGUAUCAGAAGUGUUGAGAUUGAAGGCAUCGAAGAUCGUGGAUAUAGAAGAAAUAGAGAUAUUGGAUUCCCAAUUGACCUUUGUAGAAUCUGGACUUUCUCGGAUCAUGCUGAGAACAUCAUGCCUCUGUGAAGAGAGUCCAUCGCACCGCGAGAAGCCGUGUUUGUUUUUGUCUGCAUGCUCCCGAUUUCCUCGUAAGUUCUCUUUAAACUAAUCUUGUAGCGUAGUUCUUUUUGUGGGUUCUUUGAGGUAGUUCUAUUUAGAGAUGAAAUGAAAGUAUAUUUAGCCAACUUUCAUGAUUCGAUCCUGUGAUGUUGGAUGUUGGGUUCAGUAUGCUUUGUAUAAGUCAUGACAUUUUCACUCUGAUGCAUGACAUGGGAUCGGGAACUUAGAUCUCGGCUUUGAUGAACGACGGUUUGCUUCUAAUGUAUAUAUACGGAUGCCUCGUGGA